UGACAAUUUGUGGCCAAAGGGCCCCGGGUUACGCAAAAAGCUACCGUAGAAAUCGAUUCUUACAAGCGUUUUCUUGUCACAGAAUCAAAAUGGCCUCCGCUGACGAUGAUAGUGAAAAUGACUUGCUAGGAUUUUGUAAUUAUUUCGUUGAAGACGAAAAAGCUGAACAAGAGAGGAGAUCGAUGUGUUCCAGAUGCAGUCGUCCCAUAACUGUUUGCUGGUGUCCUUACUUACCAAAAGAACGACUGGAUGUGAAAACAAAUAUCUACAUACUACAGCAUCCAUAUGAGACUUCCAGACGCUUGAAGACUGCUCCCAUGCUAUAUCAAGGACUAGUGCCUGGAAAAUGUCACAUAAUUGUUGGCAAGAAAUUUUCAGAACAUAGGUAUCCCCAGGUAAAUGAGAUUCUGAAAGCUCCAAACACCCUCUUACUUUAUCCUGGUGAAGAUGCAAUGGAUAUUCAAGAUCUUCCUCACCACCAUCACAGCUAUAAUCUUGUGAUGCUGGACGGUACAUGGGCCCAGGCCAAAAACCUUUACAGUGCCAACAAGAUCCUGUCCUACCCUAGAAAGGUGCAAAUAAACAAUAACCCUAUCAGUAAAUAUGUGAUCCGGACUCAGCCUACAGACACAGCCCUCUCUACACUCGAGUCUGCCGCUGUAGCUAUAUCCAUCUUGGAAAAACGUCCAGAAAUAUUUGAGAUGCUGACCAGGCCACUUGAAGCACUGUGUAAUUUCCAGAUGAAAUUUGGUGCAGUUCAGCAUCAAAGUAAAACAUACAAAAUUGAAAAUGGACUUUGGAACAAACCUCUCUCUAAAAAAUUCCUUAAAAAGAGAGAACAAGAAAAACUGAAUCGCUUGGAACAGUCAAGCAGCUGACGUUGAUGUGGACUGUUAGAUUCCAAGUAUAUGAUAAAUUAUGAUGUGAUGAAACUUACGUGAUUCCCAACCAGCAAUGAAUAGUAUGCUGGUUAAUGAUAUAGUAUUGAUCUUGUUAUAAACUUUGUAUGAUAUUUUUUAUUCUUCCUUGUUUUUUUUGUGUGUGUUUUUUCAAUAAUAAAUGAUGAUAAAUGUG